UCCUUCCUUGGCCAGUCCCCUGCCUCUGGUCCUUUGACACCCUCCUCCCUCCUGUCCAGCGGCCUGGGCCCAGAGGGGUCCCAUCCAGCCCGGGGGACCCAUGAGGACGCCGCUCUGCCCACCUCUGCUGGUCCUUCUGCUCCUCUGCUCAGUAUGCCACCAUGCCACUGGCUCUGUCCUCGACGCCACCGACUCUGGGAAAAAUGAACUCUCUCCCACAGACCGGACCACGGAGGGGCCCGGGGGGUCGUCGGGAGGCGAGCUGUCCACGGCGACCGACAAAGACUACGGUUCGGAAGAGUAUGAGAACGAACCCCAGAUCUCUGGAUACAUACUAGACGACUCCAUCAGAGUGGAGCAUUUAGUGAAACCCAGGAGAAACAAAACCGACAGUGAAAAAAACCCAGACAGGCCCAAGAGGAAGAAGAACAGGGGUGAAAAUGGCAAGAACAGGAAAAACAAAAGGAAGAAAACUCCGUGCGAUGCGGACUUCAAAAAUUACUGCAUCCACGGGGAAUGUAAAUACAUUGAAAGCGUCCAGAAAGCAACAUGCAAUUGCCACCAGGGUUACUUCGGUGAACGAUGUGGGGAGCAGUCCAUGAAGACUCACAGCAGAGGAGACAGUGAUUUCUCAAACAUGGCUUUAGCAGUGGUUGCGGUUCUGGUAUCUGUCAUCAGCUUCACGGCAAUUGUGGUCAUCAUUACAAUUCAGAUACGGAAAAGAUAUUCCAAUGGUUUCGAAGGGGAAGCUGAAGAAAGAAAGAAACUCCGUCAAGACACUGGAAAUGGUCAUGUGAUUGUGUAACGGGACCCAGCCCUCAGGUUGUCGAAGAAAUGGUGACUACCAAAUCCCAGCCAUGAAUGAAAUGACCUACUUUGCGCAGGCCAUUAGAAAAUGGACCCUUUCUGAUGGCUAUUACCUUUAGGAGUCAUUUUAUGCUAAAAGGAUUUUCUGUACAUACAAAAAGUAUGGAGAUGUAAAAGUAUUUUUUUCCAAAUGUAAAUAACUUAUUUAAUAUUU